CACUCAACAUGGCCGAACUUGGCCUCCACUUCCGGUGAUGUCACCGAGGAGGUGGGCGGGGAAUCUCCAGCUAGUGGCAAAGUUUUGGUAUGAUAGUUGGUGGUUGGCUUUGUGAAAGACUGAGGGCAAGUGCUGUUUCUGCUCGGCCAAGGGGAAUACUGUUUUAAUUUCCAGUGAAACAAAACAUCACGGCUCGAGGGUUAACAUUUAUACAGAAGCGUUUUCAAUCUGAACGACAGUAAUGACGGAGGACGUGAGCGCACUGCCUUGGUCUAUCAGCAAGGAUGAUUACGAGCUGGUGGAGGUGAUAGGUUUCAUUCGACUUUAUGAAGCAAAAUGAGUUAAUUCUACAGGGGGAUGCAAAACAUAGGAGCGGAGCGACGGCGGUGGUGCAGGCAGCAUUCUGUGUUCCCAGGAAGGAGAAAGUAGCGAUCAAACGCAUCAACCUGGAGAAAUGCCAGACCAGCAUGGACGAGCUCCUGAAAGAAAUCCAGGCUAUGAGUCAGUGCCACCACCCCAACAUCGUGUCCUACUACACCUCGUUUGUGGUGAAGGAUGAGCUGUGGCUUGUGAUGAAAUUGCUCAGCGGAGGAUCAGUGCUGGACAUUAUAAAGCACAUCAUUUCCAGGGGAGAACACAAAAAUGGAGUUUUGGACGAGCCCAGUAUAGCUACUAUUCUGAAGGAGGUCCUGGAGGGCCUGGAAUACCUGCAUAAAAACGGGCAGAUUCACAGGGAUGUGAAGGCAGGUAAUAUUCUUCUUGGAGAAGACGGCUCUGUGCAAAUUGCAGACUUUGGUGUAAGUGCCUUCCUCGCAACAGGCGGGGACAUGACCAGGAAUAAAGUGAGGAAAACCUUUGUAGGAACCCCUUGCUGGAUGGCUCCGGAGGUCAUGGAACAGGUCAGAGGUUAUGACUUCAAAGCUGAUAUCUGGAGUUUUGGAAUCACCGCUAUUGAACUGGCAACAGGAGCAGCUCCCUACCACAAAUACCCACCCAUGAAGGUUCUAAUGCUAACCCUGCAGAACGACCCGCCAGGCUUGGAGACAGGCAUCCAGGAUAAAGACAUAGUGAAGAAAUACGGCAAGUCUUUCAGGAAGAUGAUCUCCCUGUGUCUUCAGAAAGACCCAGAAAAGAGGCCAACGUCGGCAGAGCUUUUAAAGCACAAAUUCUUCCAGAAAGCAAAGAACAAAGAAUUUUUACAAGAAAGGCUGCUGCAACGGGCGCCCACGAUAAUAGAAAGAUCUAAAAAGGUGCGGAGGGUGCCAGGCUCCAGUGGGCGGCUUCACAAGACGGAGGACGGGGAGUGGGAGUGGAGUGAUGACGAGCUGGACGAGGAGAGUGAGGAGGGGAAAGCUGCCGUCGCACAGUUAAGGUCACCCAGAGUGAAAGAGGGUUCACAAAACUCAGUGGACUUUCCACCAACAGAGCCUACAAGUAGUCACCUUCAGCCUUCAGGGCAAGGGCCGGCCCAACUACCUCAGCCUUCAGUCCAGGCCGCUGCACAGGCCCUCCCAGCCAACGCUCCACCUGCUGCCCAGACUGCAGCCCCCACACCAGGCCAGGCAGCUGCUCCUCAGGUGCACCCUGCUGCUCCCUCUCCUGCCCCAGCAUACGAUGCUACGCAAUCACCCAUCAGUCUGGUAUUGAGGUUAAGGAAUUUAAAGAAGGAGCUGAAUGACAUUCGAUUUGAAUUCAUGCCUGGGAGAGAUACCGCUGAUGGAGUUUCCCAAGAGCUGGUUUCUGCCGGGCUGGUGGAUGGAAGAGAUGUAGUAAUAGUUGCUGCUAAUUUGCAGAAAAUUGUUGAUGAGCCACAGACAACGCGAUCAGUCACUUUUAAACUGGCCUCUGGAGUUGAAGUCUCUGAAAUUCCAGACGAUGUUAAACUUAUGGGAUUUGCACAUCUCAGCAUUAGUUAAACUGCUCUAACAGGGACAUGACUUGCCUAAAAAAAAGAAAAAAAAAAAGACACUCCUGUGCUUAUUCCUUACUUUUUAUUGGCCUAAUGAAAACCACUAUUGCCAAAGAAAAUUCUAAAAACGCUGCCACCCCAUACGAUUCGAAACGUCGCUUUGUAACUAAGAAGAUGUGUUUGUAAUGCAACUAAUAGGAAUCACACUAAAAUGUUUACAGUGUAUGUAUGUUUGGAAUGAAGCAAUCGUCAACAUCCACCCACCCACCCAGAGCUUUUCCGCUUUUAUUUCACAUGCAAUCUUGUCCUGCUAAUGUAAACAUGCCUUCUGUUAAACAGUACUACUGAAUACACAGCUGGGACCCCACUGUAGUACUGAACCCUACCUGUACAAUGGGUGUGCUUUCAGUUAUUAACUUUAAGCUGUCCUUUAGGAAACCCAAUCAAUCCACACCUUGUAACAGGGACACCUCACAUCUUUCUAUGUACUCGUUUUGUGAUGCACUCAGUAAGCAGUGUGCAUUAACUAGCUGUGUAUCUAGGGCUGUUCCGUUAGCAAGCAUCAGCACAUUCAAACUGCAGUGGAAUAGCUGAGUAAAGCAGCCAGGCGGUUCCAGUAUUGCAGUCCAGAGUAGAAAGGAUGCACAGCCACCCCUCAUCAGAAAGGAGUCCUGUUUAGAGGACUUGCUUAUUAAUUUAUUUGCAGGCAACACAGUUGUGAUAAGGACAUUGCAUUACAGUGGAUCUCAGCAGUUAGUUUCAUUUUUAUUUUUGGCUCUGGUAGUUUUGGGUCAUUUAUGAUUUUUGAUUAUAGGAGGGUCUAUAUAUGUUUGUUUCCUUUUAAGAAUAAACGUGGAUCUGGUGGGAUAUAUAUGUAGUGCCCUUUAUACUAUACACUUAUCUUGCUCAUUCAUAUGUACCAGUAUAUUUCUCAAAAACAAAGAAUUUUAGGAAAAAUCUUUUGUAGCAAACGUUUUGCUUUUGUGGAUGAGGAAAAAGUUACAAGAAAUAGAUGUCUACACUUUAUUUAUUUCUGCAAUUUGUUUUUUGCAAAACUCUAAAAAUGCUAAUUCAAAAGUAUUCAUACCCUGACAAGGAAAAUGAAAUUAAUAGCUAGUUGAGGCACCUUUAGCAAUAAUAACCUCUUUUAAACUAUUAGGAUAUUUGUCAAUGAGCUUUUGGCACAAUUCUUUAGUAAUUUUUGACCAUUCUUCAACGCAGAAUUGUUCCAGUUCAUUCAAAUUCUGAGGACUUCUCUUGUGCACAGCCUUCUUCAACUCAUACCAAAGAUUCUCAAUCGGAUUUAGAUCGGGACUUUGACUUGAUUUUAUUCUUCUUUAACCAUUCUGAAGUAGAUUUUGAUGUGAGUUUUGGUUCGUUGUUGUGUUGGAACGUCCAGUUGCGCUUUAAACCAAAUUUUGUAGCGGAGGGUUUCAGAUGAUUGGCUAAUAUCAUUUGGUAUGCUAUGGAAUUCAUUUUACCAUGUAUUGGAAGUUUCCUGUGCCGUUAGAGGAAAGUGAGCCCCAUAGAAUGAUAUUACGUCAUCCACAAAAGCAAAACUUUUGCUACAAAAGAUUUUUCCUAUAAUGCUUUGUUUUCGAGAAAUUCCUGGAAAUUAUAAAUUUCCAUUGGGGUAAGUAAACUUGUGCCCUAAAGCUGCACAUAUAUAUGUAUGCGACCCUUUCAAUCCACAUGUCUGUAUCAGUGGUAUACUGUAAUUGAAGCAGUCUUAUUUUUAUGCUAUUUUGCCAGAAAUUUGGUAGGGGGAAAAAAAGUGCCCAUUUACUUUUUAUUUAGACUGUUACCAAAAGCUCAGUAUGUGUGCCUUUAAGGAUUUUGAAGUUGACUUUACGGUCCGGCUCACUGUGUGGUAUUCACUGGUAAAGAUGCAUCUAAAGCCCCUUUCACACUGGCAUGAUCUACUGGCUACGCAAUUUCACACUGCUUUUGAUAAAGCUGGGUUGACCUGGGUGACAGACACAAGUACACAAUGCGCGUAUCGAUGCCCCGGAAGCAGCUUGUUACAGGUGCUUCCAUCCAAGCUUCUCUGGAUUGAACCAUCGGUCCAAAUGUUGAUUAGAGCAAAUGUGACUUCAUCCCUGCUGUAGUCUGGCUCAUGCUGUGUCUCAAGCAAAAAAAAUAUGGCUAAACAGAAUAAACAGAAAUGUUCUUUGUGGAAGUGAAACCUUCACGCAGGUGUGGCUGUUUGUUAUUGCAUCGGCUCAUGAACGGCCGUCAAGCAUUUUGUCUCGCUCAACCCGGGUCAAAGCGUGUCGACCCACAUCCUGAGGUGGGUCGCUGUGACCCGGGUUAACCGACCCAGGUGCGUGGUUUCACACUACGCAGAAUUGUGACCCGGUUAGCCAGAACCCAGGUCUGGACCCGGGUAGGAGUGCCAGUGUGAAAGGGGUUAUAUUCUGCUGUAUACCCUGAUCAUAUUCAAGCAGUGCAAAACCUUGGAGGACUCCAUUCGAGCUAUCAAGGAAACAAAGUCCCACACUCUAUAGUGUCAGAAUAAAGCUAUCAAUAGGCAAAGCUUUUUCAUUUGUUAUUGUAUUAGGUUUCUUAGACUAGUGGGGCCUGCCAAUGGGAUCACUCAGCACUUCUGUGAUCAUUAAUAAUCCUGUGCACCAGGACAGUAAUCAAAGCAUGCAUUAUAGAGCCACUGGAAUAUAAUGACAAACCAGGCUUUUAUUUAUGUAGUGUUUCCUUUUAAUCUCCUGGCAGCAUAGAAACCCCUUCUGACCGCACUGGGAUACAAAUGCCACACGAUCCAUCAUCACUCCCUCGUCCGCUUGUUAGUUUAUGGAAUGUAGUCGUGUCUUUGAUUUGAAUUCCUUAACAGGAGGAUUCAUAAGAACUUCACUACUUUUAGUAUGUAAAUAAUUUGGUGUUGAUUUUUUUUUAUACGGGGUGUUUCACAGUUGGCCUUUGUAUCUUAAUUUUUUUCCUCCAAAAAUAAGGUAAAGCUGUAGCAAUUUAGAAUAAAGAACAUGAGCAGGCAUUCAAUAACUGCAGCAGCUGUGCUAUUACUCCUAGAAGAGCAUUUCUAUGAAACACAUCGCGGUACCUGAUGACAUUACCAUGGUAACACUGUGGCUACAGACAUGCCCAGCGGUUACACACUAAUCCACCAAUAGCUAGCAGGUAAAAGCAGAAGCUAUUAUCCACGGUUACGUAAUGGCCUGUAAUGUAAAGUGCGACCCCUAAACGCUGUGUAAGGAAACGGGAAUUUAUAUAUAUUAAAAACAGCAGGUACAGGUAUGAUCAUGAGCAACAGGGUUCAAUCUAGAAGUUGUCGGUCUUAUAUAUUUUGUAUUACAGUACAUAUUUUGUUGAGCCCCACAUUUAAGCCACAUGCAUUAUGGUUUUAAUGCCAGGAUAUGCAACGCUGAAAGGCAAAGCUGUUUUAUGUUAAAUUUAAAGGCAACCCCUUGCAUGACAAUGUAGCUUGUCUGUAAUAUAAUAGCUGAGUAGAAGAGAGGGAGUGCUGCACUUUUCAAACUCCUCCCCUAUGCCCAGUGCACACAGACAUAGGUGUUUGUUUUUGUGGGUUAAAAACGAGUGUAAUUAUGCUUCAUAUGCUGUGUUUUCAAUCUGGAAGGACAAACACGGCAAGUUUUAAAGCGUGUUGUUUUCUGAAGUUUUGUCCAACAUAUUCUAAAGAAUUUUAUAAUGAAGCCUUCGGUUUUAGCUCCCUCGAUAUGACAGACAAAGCAUUUGAACACAAGAGCGCUUGAGAGAAAGUGUCUUCAAAGAGAGAAAAUGCUUUGAUUUGUGAGGAAUUCCGGGCAGAAUCCUCAACUGACACGACCCAUUGUCCUCAGCCAGGGGUUGAAAUGAAGCGACCGAUUCAGAUAUUGUGUCAACUGGACUGACUAAUCCAGUUUCUGCAUUAUAAAUAACUAGGCCCCUCUUAGCUGAUCAGAGAACUCUAGAUUCACAGAUAGCACUAAUCGAUAUUUUACCGUAAGCAGUUCUCUUGCACCAAAAUAAUUACCAGAUCCAAAUUCUGUGACAGGCCUGUAUCAAUUGUCAAAAAGAAUGACACUUAAAAUUGGUAUCCAAAUAUGUAUACUCCUCCAUUCUUUCAACUAAAGGAGUGAUUAGACGUUAGGGGGGGGGGGACAACCUUUAUCUUGACGAGCAUUAAAACCCAGUCACUUGGCAUAUUGGUUGGAUGACAAACACUCACCCAGGUGUUGGGAGAGAGUCUAUAUGCAAUCAUUUAAAAUUAAUUUUCUUAUCUCUCUUAUCAAGCUGCAAUCAGACACCUCAUUUCCUAUUCAUUCUAUCUGGAUUUCUAGUACGUCAGAGCCAUAAUAACAGUGCUCUCAUUCAGUUAAUAAUAAAGUGCUUACGAUUGGUGUGUCUGACUUGAAUUGGAGAUCACGAUCCAAGGGUGGUGGUGUCAUACUCAAGAAUAAUGAUAGUCUAUGAAAGAACAUGAAACAUCUGUGGCACAGCAUUGAAAUGAGAUGCCAGUGCUUUAAAUACAAGCACAUUGCACACUGCACACUGCUUCCCUGUAUUUACACUGAUCUCAGUCUAGGAUCUUGUAAUCUGUCAGCUUCAUUCUGUGAACCCUUUCCAUUUUAGAAGAGCUACAGCAGCCCUAACUACAUUCUGGGGAUGUGUUCAUGAAGCAGGUGUAUCUCUUAGUUCUUGUAUGAGAAAGAAAGAACGUAUUCAGCAUACCUGCAAGUUAACAAUUUCACAGUUUCUGUACUGACCAGCACGCACACUCUGGAUUGAACCCUGAAACAAUCAGCUGCAUGGUAUUAUGUGUGUAUGUAUGUAUGUAGUAUUAUUAUUAUUAUAUUUUUAAACGAUAAGUAGCUAAGAUUUUAAAAUCCAAUUCCCCCCCUUACUCUAACCAGUAUAAUUCACAGUACAGCCCCCCUAUUGAUAAGUUGAACUUGUACAUGUUACAUUAUACAUACAAUGGUACAGAGAAGCCUUCCCCUCUAUGCUGGUCUGUAUGAACUGGAGCCCCCUCCCCUCCCAUGCUCUCCUCCACGCUGGUCUGUAUGAACUGGAGCCCCCUCCCCUCCCAUGCUCUCCUCCACGCUGGUCUGUAUGAACUGGAGCCCCCUCCCAUGCUCUCCUCCACGCUGGUCUGUAUGAACUGGAGCCCCCUCCCCUCCCAUGCUCUCCUCCACGCUGGUCUGUAUGAACUGGAGCCCCCUCCCCUCCCAUGCUCUCCUCCACGCUGGUCUGUAUGAACUGGAGCCCCCUCCCCUCCCAUGCUCUCCUCCACGCUGGUCUGUAUGAACUGGAGCCCCCUCCCAUGCUCUCCUCCACGCUGGUCUGUAUGAACUGGAGCCCCCUCCCCUCCCAUGCUCUCCUCCAUGCUGGUCUGUAUGAUCUGGAGCCCCCUCCCAUGCAGGUUGGCAUGUAGUACCAUGUGAUUUAAACUGGAGAGGAACUCCUUCUAUCCAGCAAAGACAGUGUGGAGGACCAGACUUGAGAGGUGGUUUCUCUCUAGGGCUGUACCUUCAAAUACUGAAGCAAAUGUACAAUUCCGGCAGCACAGUCAGGGACAUUUUAAACAUGGUACCGAGGCGAAUGAAGAGUAGGUUUUAAAGCCUUAGAUACGACACUCAACUGUAAUCAAUGAACUGUCCCUAACAGUGAAGGAGCAAUGGGACAGAGUACCCUUACACAUAACUGUGUGUGUAGUAGAUUCAGCACAAAGGAGUACAAUAUUCUAGGUGUGUUUUUCUUUUUUUUCGUCCUUUGGUUUUGGAUUGAAAUGCAUGUUUCUCUAAUUGGUUUUAAUCAAUAAAGAAUAAGAUUAUCAA